CCUUUCCGGGCUCGGCUGCCUGCGCGAAAAAUUCUGAAAGUUCUCUAUCGUUUCGCCGAUUGCUGUCAUCCUGUUGCGCACCCCACUCCUCCCAAAUUCUAGCACUGCCAACAGCUCUGCACAGUGCACAUGGAUGCCUGACACGCAGUGGGAAAAGGUCUUAUGGAAAAGUCAGCCUUUUCCUGACAACUACGUCCCGGACUCGUUCUUAUCAUCCUUGAGACGGAACGCCAACUUCAGGCCCUAUUCGUAUUGGUCAUUAGUCUUAGCCUCAUGCGCAAUCGUCCAACAGCUCGCUGUCAUAUUCAUCUUUCUGGCGAUAUUCGUGAAUCUCAAGGAGCGUACACUCGAUCCGAGGAUUCUGGUUUGGCUUUCUAUAGGAGCAUUCAUGCUAGGUGUGACGAUAUGGGAGAGGUUGGAUUACCACAAGUUUGAUUCUCUCAGUCGACGAAAUGGUUGUGCCAAAAUUGCGAAGUCUUCAAUACUGGUGUUCCUUGCUCUAUUGGCACUGUCACCCGUUCUAAAAACUCUCACAGCGGCAACGUCGUCGGACUCCAUUUGGGCUCUAUCGUCAUGUUUGUUCGUUCUCAACGUUGUGCUCGCCGACUACAGCCCGGCAGCGCCGCUUGGAAUGGUGCGUGAAAGAUUAACGUCCGUGCUGUCUAUGAAUGCGGCUAUCUCUUCAUCAGUUGUCCUGGCUUCGCGGUUGUCCGACGAUGCAUCUGUGUUUGCACUCAUGGUGUUCUCAGUCCAAGUAUUCGCCCUGUUCCCCAUUCUACGUCAUAGGUUGCAGGCAACUCCUGCGGCAGUCCGAGUUGUAAUAACCGCGCUCUUGGCAGGUUCAACCAUCUUGCUCGCCUUGCCGUUAUCCAUUGUAGUCGCGGUCAUACUAUGUGCUACAUUUAUGUUUGUGACAUUCAUUGGACCCUGCGUCCUGUUCUGGUCCCAGAAAUACAAGAACGAAAUCAGAGGCCCUUGGGAUGUCGCUGUCCCCAAGGUUAAUUAAAGUUCCAAGCCAAUUGUAUGAGGAACUGCCUUCGGGAAGCAUUCAGUAUGGCGAUGGGCCCUCUGUCACCCUGGGCUGACGGUACGCACUGCGGGAGGCCGCGUUUGAUUCGGUUGGCAGCACACACUAUCUCAAUUUCUAGGCCCGAUUCUCAUUCCGAUGAGGGAACGUAUAAAGGGAACAGACAGGAUGCAACCAAUCGGGGGAGAUAGAUGCUUCUUCGCUGUAGCCGGUCCCGAUUUCGGGACAUCUCGACCUCUGCAAUAACCAGGCUUCAUCCUGCUUCAUAGUAGCAACAGACAUCUACAAUCAUUCACACGGUUAUUUCAGGCUCCCCGCUGUUGCGAUAUCACUUUCGCGGCAACGCUGAGUGCACGGGUGUUCAAUCGUGUUGAUGCCAGCAUGGUCUCGUGCAAGCCACGGCUUUUCUGCGAUAUCUAAUCAGUCGUAUAAUAAUAUAGUUCAGCCGAGGGCGUG